CUUGAAAUUGCGUUCCGUCGUCUGCACUGUGCGAAAACCUGGCGAGAGUAGAUCUUAUGCAAUUCGACACCGGCGGUUGAGUGACAAUAAGAAUAUUGUAACGGGCGUCAAUUAUUUUCUCGCCGAUUUCAAAUAUUCAAGAAACAAAAUGGCAUUAAACUUAUUGAGGUGUCGCCCCGUGGUCGGCGGCGGACAGCAUUUCAAGAAAAUCGCCGGUGUCGUUAAUAUCAGAAUGGCUGAAUUUUGUCGGGGUCCAUGUAACCUUGCAAAGGAAUCUAACAAGGGCUACAGGAUAGAGAGAGAUACUUUUGGAGAGCUCAAAGUUCCAAAUGAUAAAUAUUAUGGUGCUCAAACACUCAGAUCGGUACUCAACUUCCCUAUUGGAGAUAGUUCUGAGCGUAUGCCUUAUGCAGUUAUCUGUGCUAUGGGAAUAUUGAAAAAAGCAGCAGCAGAAGUAAAUAAAGAGUAUGGACUUGAUCCGAAAAUUGCGGAUGCUAUCAGCAAAGCAGCUGAUGAAGUGAUCAGUGGAAAGUUAUAUAAUGAUCAUUUUCCACUGGUCAUUUGGCAGACAGGUUCUGGUACUCAAACCAAUAUGAAUACCAACGAGGUGAUUGCUAAUCGAGCAAUUGAAAUGCUAGGAGGAGAACUUGGAUCAAAGAAACCAGUUCAUCCUAACGAUCAUGUGAACAAGUCGCAGAGUUCCAAUGACACAUUUCCCACUGCGAUGCACAUUGCCGUUGCUCUAGAGAUUAACAAAAUAUUAUUGCCUGGUCUCAAAGAACUUCAUGCUGCACUUAAAUCCAAAUCUGAGGAGUACAAAGACAUUAUCAAAAUUGGUCGUACCCACACUCAAGAUGCAGUACCAUUAACUUUAGGCCAAGAAUUUUCAGCUUACGCACAACAGAUUGAAUUUGGAAUUCAAAGAGUACAAGAUACACUACCAAGAUUAUACAUGCUGGCGCUUGGAGGAACGGCAGUUGGUACUGGAUUAAAUACUUACAAAGGAUUUGCCGAAAAAUCGGCUGCAAAAAUUGCAAGCCUUACAGGAUUACCUUUUGUAACAGCACCAAACAAGUUCGAAGCUUUAGCCUGUCAUGAUGCUAUCGUUGAAGUACAUGGAUCACUGAAUACAGUUGCCGUAUCCAUCAUGAAGAUAGCUAACGAUCUGCGAUUUCUUGGUAGCGGACCUCGCUGUGGUCUAGGUGAGCUUUCCCUCCCAGAAAAUGAGCCUGGAAGUUCGAUAAUGCCCGGAAAAGUGAAUCCCACUCAGUGCGAAGCGAUUACAAUGGUCUGUGCUCAAGUUAUGGGUAAUCACGUUGCUACGUCAAUUGGUGGAAGUAACGGACACUUCGAAUUAAAUGUUUUUAAACCUGUUAUGGUUGCUAAUACUUUGAGAUCUGCUAGACUUCUGGGAGACGCUGCAUCAGUAUUUACAAAGAACUGCGUAAAGGGUAUUGUUGCUAACAGAGAAAACAUCAAGAAAAUUAUGAACGAGAGUUUGAUGCUGGUUACUGCUUUAAACCACCAUAUCGGUUAUGAUAAGGCUGCUGCAAUCGCUAAACAAGCUCACAAGGAGAAUUUGACUCUAAAGGAAUCUGCGUUGAAAAAUGGUUUGACUGCAGAGCAAUUUGACGCAUGGGUCAAGCCUGAAGACAUGCUUGGACCGAAAUGAAGCAAAAAAAAUUCUCAAUCUAAGACUGUUUUAAUUUGAAUCACGAAUAGCUGUAAUACUUUGGCAAAACCUUUAUAAUCAUUAACCAUCUGUUUAAUGCCGUAUUUAUAUAAAUAGUGUACAUUUUGAUAAAGCGUAAUAUACUUGGUACCGCACUAUUGCAGUUGAUAUGUGCUAAUAAAAACCCCAAGAAUAGGCUGGAUCGUGUUACACGUUUGUAUAUUUGUUUCUAACUAACUAUUCCUUUUUUCAAAUACCGGUGAAUA